AUGGAGAUAAAAGUGAAGAUGGAGAUCAAUGUCACAGUUUUAUAUCAAAUCAUCAAGAAGGAAAUUCCAAUGCUGCGGCUUAUAAAACUAAGAAGGAUUUCAACUACCAAAGACUCGGUGAUGGUGGUGACCAAGGACGAGAACGAAAAAUGCCAUUCUGCUCAUCCCAUCUUCUUCUCCAACAAUGGUGUGACCGUGUUCACAUUGGACCGGCCUGGUUUGUUCUAUUUCAUUAGUGGGGUUUCCGGGCACUGCGAGAGAGGCCAGAAGAUGAUCAUCAAGGUCUUGGAACCGGCAAGCCCACCACAAUCUGCUGACCAGAACGAGCAGAAGAAUGAUGCUGCAGUUGCAAUGGCCACCAUCUCUUCUGCAACUCUCACGUCCUGCAUUAUGUCAUUUGUGGGGGUCCUUUUCUUCUGAAUGCUGUGAUCAGUGAUGGUUACUAUAUUCUUCUUUGCUGUUUUUUCCCAUACCCCUGAUUCUUAAUUAGGUUUUUUCUUUAGUUUGUUUCCAUUA